GAUGUCCAUCGUAACAAGAUUUGCUUCAUAUUUCAUUAAGAGUAGAGUCAUCAAUUACUCAUGUAAAUCAAUUCUCUAUUGAUUUUUAGUAUAAGUGGAUAGAAUAAUGACUGAAAUGUGUAAGGCAGGGUUCUAAGACCCUGAAGAAGGAUUCUUAGAAAGAGAUCCAAUGAGUUAUUAUGAAUGCAGAUUCUAUUCUCACAUUGCUAGAAAUUGGACACCAAGACUUGAAUCAUUGUAAUUAUUUAUUUAUUCAAUAUAAAUAAAGUGAGAAAGAAUAAUAUGAAUUAGCAAGACAAAAGUUUGUUCAAUUUGAAAACUUAUACUCUUUUAUUUUGGAUUUACAUAGAGCAACUUGGGAAUAUAGAUCACUCUAUUUAGAAUUAACCAAAGAAAUAGCAACUCAUAAUACUUGGUUCAGAAGUGAACAUACAAAUUUAACUUAUGAACAUCAUUUAGAGGAAGCCAUUAAUAAAUAUAUUAAUCUUUUGGAUCAAUUAAAAGAGUAUCCAUUAUGGCAAGAGAGAGUCAAAGAAGAAAUUGGAUAUUAUUUGCAUCUUAUCUACAAUUCUACUACUCAUUCAAGUUAGAGUAAAGAAUUGUUUGCUAAAUUUGUAUUAUAAAUCAUUUAUUUUAGGAUAAAUUAUAUUUCUUCAAAUGAU